GGUGAGGACGCUCGGGAAAAUGCUUGCUCUCCUGCUGGUGCUUCUCCCCUGCUCCUCCUUGGCCUUCGAGGAGGAGGUAUGGAGUCCCGAGGCCGUGCUGGCUCGAAGUGGGAGGACGCUGGAGGAGCUGUAUCCGGAUCUGAGGGUCAGUCCCCCCUGUGCUGAAGCCAAAGAAAUUUUCCCGUGUACGUGUUAUAACUACUCGACGGGCCGUACGUACGUCACCUGCGAUGGGAUGCUUGACGAGAGCGUGCCAUACCGAGCCUUGCAUGUCGAUGGGUAUGGCAUGAGUCCGCUGGCAUCGUUUGGCAUGUCUGAUGGCACCAUAUCGACCAUUUCAGCUGGAAUGUUUAGCAUGCAUUCCUUUGAACAACUGUGGUUCAUGAACAACCGCUUGGAAUACAUAGAACCUGGAACCUUAGAACCACUUCGCUACGACCUUCGGGCUCUCUACCUGAACGACAACCUCCUCACACAGCUGAUGCUGGAUCAGGUCCUGGGCUUCCCGAGACUCCUGGAAUUCCACGUCCCCAACAACCUGAUCGACGACCUCUCAGCCAUGGCGGAGUUCACGGAGUCGACGCCGAGCUUGAAUACGAUCGACUUCGCGGGAAAUCGACUGACUUCCGUGCCCCAGUUUGCCUUCAGGGCGUUUCCCGAUGUGCUGAUUGUGGUGCUGUCGAAUAAUAAUAUAAGCUACAUCCACCCCGACGCCUUCUACAACAUGAAGUCCCUCGAGUACCUGUACCUCGACGGCAACAACUUGAACCAGCUGGGGUCGCCUGAGGUCGGGAGGAUCGUCUUCGAUCAUCCCAUCUUCUCCCUCCGCCUCGAGAGUAAUAACAUCGAGAGCUUACUUCCGGGCUUCGUCGAGGGCCUGGCGGACCGCUCUGGCAUCGCCCUGGACAGCAACCCCAUGAGGCACUUUCCCGAGGACGUCUUUGGGGACCUCCUCAGGAACUUCUCCAUCUCGGACAACCCGGUGUCUGGCAAGGGCAUCUCCUUCUACUACAACUGGAUCGACUGCGACUGCGACUUCCUAUGGGUGGCCAUCGACGGCUGGCUCAACGCCCACCUGAACGGCGGCCACUGUGGUCACAAGGACGAGUUCCCGUGGGUCAGCAUCGACGACGUGGACGGCCAGGCCCUUCAGGAGCAGUGCCUCGUCACCACCACCGCGGAGCCCACCAACCCCCGCCGCGGGAAGGGGGGGAGGGGGAGGGGCGGGCGGCCAUGAGAGCGAAGGAAUAAACGAGAGGAUUUUC